AAAAAACAUUUUUAUUUGUCCUUAAAGUGACGUCACAUACUUGUGAAUUGUGGGUAUUGCAGUACGUGAUCGUCGUUGAGGUUAAAACGCAGCCGGGUUGGUGGAACUCUCAGCUGUUUCCUGCGUGUUUGUUCCACGCCAGAAAUGGGGGGCAGAGAAUGUUGCGUGAAUAACUGUGGGAGCAGCUCCCACGACCACCAGGGCAGGAUGCUCCUGAACGGCCUGAGCUUCCACUGCUUCCCUGCGUGGAGAACGAAGGAAGGCGACUUUAUAUCGGAGCUAACGAGGCGGCGGAGAGACGCCUGGGUGACCGCUGUGGGCCGCAGAGAAAUCACCUUCGACCACGUCCCGUCCUCCAUGAGAGUCUGUUCCAGACACUUUCUCUCUGGAAAACCAGCGUAUGAGAUGUUGGACUCAGAUCCAGACUGGGUGCCGUCUCUACACCUGGGUCAUGAUGGUGAUGAUGAAUGUGAAGAAAAGUCCUGGAAUAAAAGAAGAAGGUUGUCUUCUGAUGAGAAACCAGUAGAAGGAGCAGAUGGUGCUGCUGAAUCCAGGAAGCCUCCUCCGCCUGCUUGGACAGAAGUGAAAUCUGCCCUGCAGUCUCUUCUGGAGGGUAAAACUGUCAUCAGUCAGCAGCAGGGAGACGAUCAGCAGAACCAAGGUGCUGAGACGAGGACUGACUGCGGCUUCCGGGACUUCUUCAGGAACGCUCUGGAGUCGUCUCUGGAGGCCUCCAUCCAGGCCAGAGCUCGCUCUAAGAGUCGGCCGCCGUCCACAGAGUACGAAGUGGAGCUGAACGUCAAGCUUCCAUCUUCUCCAGGAGAACCGUCCGCCCUGGAAGAGCCUUCCUAUUCACAGCCUUUCUCUUCGCAGCCUUCCUCUUCACCAUCGUGUGUGAACUGCUCCAUGAUGCUGCAGAGGAUUCAAGAGCUGGAGCAGAAGCUGUUUGAAGUCGAAAGGGAAGAGGGUGAGUCACAACAGACUGUUCCAUCCUGCCCUGCACCAGCCCUAAGCACUUCCCUUGAAUACAGAAAAAAGAAAGAUGAGGAGCGACAAAAGUUUUCUCUUGGGUUAAAGCAAAAGGAAAAAAUGAAAGUUCAGAUAAAUAUUGGCUUGAUGGCCAUUCAAAAGAAUCGUCUAAAGCCACAGCGUGGAAGAACCAUUUCGCUUGCAACAAACCCAGAUGUCUCUGCCACAUCUCUGCUUAGUCUUGCUGUUCAAAAAAUGAAGGAUUUCAACAAAGAUGUAAAAGAUAGACCUUUCCUCCUUCUGUACCCAGAUGGGACAGAGGUUAUUAAUAUCCCUGGGACACAAACAGCUUUUACCCUUGCAGCUUAUAAGGCUGAAGUUGGCAAGUCAUAUCAAAGGAUAUCUCUUUUCCUAUGCUUGAUAAGCGAUUUUGAAGAAGUUGGAAAAUUGUCAGACUUGUCUGAUCCGAAGUAAGUCCAGACUAAAAGAAAUUAUGGAAGAGACCAAAAGGCCAUGGACAGAGUGUCUGGAUUUAGUAAAAACGUACAUGAGAAUUGUACCAACUGGAAGUGGUUUAACUCCUUUUGAAAUAAUACAUGCCAGACCUUUUAAACUUCCUUUGUUUAAAGACACCACACCACCACCAGACGACAGUGAAAAAACUCUAGCCGAUUACAUGGAAGAAAUGUUACAGUCUAAGGAAGUGUCUCAUGUAAAUUCAAUGCCAGGAGAACCUCUAUCUCCACAGCACCCCCAGGGGGUAAAACCGGUGAUUGGGUCUUCAUCGAGACCAUUAAGAGAAAGAACUGGGCUCCUGACCACUCUCACUGCAGUAAAGAUCACUGAAAGACCGUCUUGGAUCCAGCGCAGCCACUGUAAGUUGCAGAGUGUUGGGAGCCUACGUGGGAAAGUGGGGAAGUCCAACUACAAAGGGGCUUGGUUUUAUAGGACCACUUGUCUCAAUGUCGGUGAAGAAACCAUCUAAACCCUGUUUCAUAAAGACCUGGGUGAAUUCUGACAUCUCUGUAACUUAGCAAAGAUGGGGUCCCCAUGGAGAUGGGGCCUCUUUAGCACUGCGGCUGCUGCGUGUGUGUUCUGUUUUUUCAGUCCAACCUCGCUGAUCCACUGAGGGCGGCUGGUUCCUGUGUGGAGGACUCAAUAUUUAUCCUUCGCUGUCUAUGAACCGGUCAGGUACUUGUGCUCCCAUGUUUGUUUCUGAUCACACCAUUGUCAUUUCUACUAUAGCACAGUGCACUCCCACCACAUGAGAUGGAGGAAAAGGACAGAAACUAUUUUUCGACCACAUGAUCCUAUCUUGGGCUCCAAUGUUCCCAGUGAACACAAGCAUUGGAGUACUGUGGAUAAAUGGGGACUGUCCCUUUUUCCAUGGGUUGUAGUAGCAAAAUCCACAUUGAUGAUUGAGACACUGAACUACAGGAUGAAGACCCUGGUAGACCUUACCAUGGACAUUGAGAAAGGACAGAACCAAAAACUCAGGGGCUUUUGUCAUAAAGAAGAAGUGUGUGUGUAGUGUCAUCAUGACAAAUUGAUAGUGAUACAUAUAUUGUAAAUUAAUGUACUUUGGAUGUUGUGGAAAGUUGGAAGUACAUCUUUAUGCUUUAUUUUUUUCCUCAUCUAUAUUGUGCACAUUUUUGCUCCACAGAGACUACACCACUCUCUUUGAGCCCAUUGUUACUGAUGAUGACGAUGAGAUUGAAUAUUUUACAGAAUACAAAAAGCAAGUUCUCAAAGAACCUGGUCAACUACAUGAAAGGGAAUCCAAGUUUCAGCGCCACUGUUGAAGAUGUUAAAGAUGAGGAGAUAGGGAAAGUUCUAUAACAGGUAGGAAAUGACCUAGGUUUAGAGAUUACAUUUAUUGUAUGCCAACUGGAAAUUAUCCAGGGACACAAGAGUUGCCAACUGAAAUACUCAGACUAAGAAAUCAGGAAAUGUAUACCAAAUCUAUACUAGCCUACCAUGCAGUCAUGUUUUAAUGUGGUUAUUAUGGGUUACAUAAUGGUAGCCUGAUCUAAAAAAAUGGAUAUGGAAUACAUUUCUGGAUUUCUUAGUCUGUCUUAGGUGUCAACUCUUGUGUCCCUGGAUACCACUGGACUAAAAACAAUGUGUCUUGGUUAGGCGAAAAGGGUUCAUGUCAUUUCAGUUUAACAACCUCUAGUGAACUCUGAGUUGGUCAGAUUCAAAACUAGGCUUAAAUGAAAGCCCAGUGUAAACCAUUUUAAGAUGAUACAAAAUUUUAUAUUAAAUAUUAUCUAAAAAUAGAUAAUAAUUUGAUAGGAUGUUCUUACCAUAAUUUAAAAAAUUAUGGCAAUGCUUUUCCACCUAGACAUAGACAAAAAUGUUAAAUGUGUUACAAAAACCUAGUUUGUUUUGCAAAACACUAUUUUAUUUCUCACAGUUAUAAGCUGUAAAACAAAUACUCAAAACUUUGUUAGAAUUGUUUUAAGAUUGUAAUGUGCAAAUUUUGUCUUCAUAGUUCAGACUGAAUGCACAAUUUGUUGUAUAAAAAAGUUUAAUCCACUUCUUGCUGUUCUGAAUAACAGUGAGGUCUCAUUUGAGCAAAAUGAACAGGAGACAAAAUAUGAAAAGAUUUGACUCUGGUUGUUUGUGGCUGUAUUUGAGCAAUAAAUGC